CUCCCAGGUGCAGGGCAGCACCCAGGCCUUUGACUUUUUUUUCUGCCUCGUCAUGGAUGAGAGCAGGGGCACUGGAAGGGUGAAAUGAUCUGCUGGGAGCUGUGGGGUAUGGCAGAGAUGUGGAGCAGCCCUGGGUCUCUCCCAGGUCAUCAACCCCAUGGGCAGGAGGCCACGUGCUCUGCUGCUUGAUUGCUUCCUGGAUUAAUGAUUGUCUCGGUGGAGGAGCUCUGGAUAAAAGACGAGAGUGGGGGAGGAUGAGCCCUGCUUCCAACCUACUCCGUCCAAAGCUGAGUGCUGUGGACCAGCCUUCACCCAGGCCAGGCCCACCAUGGUGGAGCUGACGGUGAUGCCCUCAUCCUCACUGGCUGACAGGCCAGUGCGGGUGCGUGUGUGUGGGCUGGCCCCCUCCCAACUGGUCACCCUGCUGGCCUCACUGACAGAUGAGCGUGGUGUCCGCUUCCAGGCACGUGCCUUCUACCGUGCCAAUGGGGAUGGCGAGGUGGAUGCUGAGAGCCAUGCUGCCCUGGGAGGUGACUUCACUGGCAUCUGGCCUAUGGGGCUUUUCUGGUUUCUGCGUCCCAACACCCUUUUUCAGCGGCUGGUCAAGCGAGAUGUGGUAGGCAGCCCUUUCCGUGUCCACCUCGAGGUCUUUGACGCCCUCCAGCUGGUGACGGAGCCUGGGGACCAGCCACUGGCUGCCUGCACCGUUGAGCGGUGGUAUGUGGGCCCUGGCGUACAGCGAGCUCCCAUCCGUGAGGGCAGGGUCCGUGGGGCCCUCUUCCUGCCACCAGGACCUGGGCCCUUCCCAGGGGUGAUCGACAUGUUUGGGGGUGCGGGGGGCCUCAUCGAAUUUCGAGCUGGGCUGCUGGCAAGCCGGGGCUUCGUGGUGCUGGCCCUGGCCUUCUUUGCCUACGAUGACCUGCCCCGUGUGCUGGCUGAACUGGACCUGGAGUACUUUGAGGAGGCAGCUGAUUUGCUCCUCCGGCACCCCAAGGUGCGAGGCCCUGGUCUGGGUGUCAUCGGCGUGUCCAAAGGGGCAGAGGUGGCCCUGGCCAUGGCCACCUUCCUCCCGCAAGUGGUGGCCACAGUGUGGAUCAACGGCACAGCCUCCCUCCAUGGCACCCCGCUGCUCUACAAGGGCCUUCACAUCCCCCCCAUUCCCUAUUAUCCUGAGUACCUGGUGCUCACAGAGCUGGGGGCCUUGGACAAUGCUAAUGUCUUUGGGGACCCCCGGGACCCUGCUCACAGCAGCUCCGCCAUCCCUGUGGAGAAGGUCCAGGGCAAGGUGCUCUUCGUGGUAGGGGAGGCUGACCGCAACUUCAACAGCAAGCUCUUUGCUGAGCUGGCCAUGGCACGGAUGCGAAAGGACAGCUACCGCCUGCUCUCCUACCCUGGGGCUGGGCACCUCAUUGAACCACCUGGCUCACCACUCUGCAGCAUCUCAGGCAUUCGGGGCAGCCCCAUGCCAGUGCUGUGGGGGGGCGAGCCCCAGCCUCAUGCCAGGGCCCAGGAGCACUCAUGGCAGGAGAUUAUCCGCUUUCUGGAGCUGCAUCUGGGCCCUGCCACCAGCUGCCAGUUGUGAUGGUGAUGGGGUGUCCAUGAAGGACAAAAGGUCUAGGAGGAGCAGAUGCUAAUAAAGUGCACGACCACA